GAAGUAAGUCUAGAAAAGACUCACAGAAGCUUAUAAGUAUAUAUAUGGGUGAUGGCUCUCAUGUCUAGAAUACAAGUUUUGCUCAUCAUCAAUCAAUCAUCCCAUCUAUCGACUGGUUAUAACUAGACUAUAUGUCUACUCUACUCGCUAAAAUCAUCCAUCAGUCUACUUACUCCGUCAAGAUGGUAUCUAACAAGACCGUCAUUCUUGUCACAGGCGCCAACAGUGGCAUUGGCUUCGAGACAGCCAAAGCCCUGGCUACAGCAUCGCCAGACUUCCAUGUCCUGCUCGGUUCCCGAUCAGUUGAGAAGGUACAGAAGGCCAUAGACGACAUAAAGACCACACUGGGAGACUCCAUCAAGGCUGGCAUAUCCGCCCUACAAAUCGACGUCUGCGACCAUGACUCGAUAAAGGCUGCAAAGGAUCAGAUCGAGACGCAAUUCGGCAAGUUGGAUGUCCUCAUCAACAAUGCCGGUAUCAUCGUGUACGAGAAAGUCGACGCCUUGACAUCCCUACGCAGAACUUUCGAGACAAACGUCUUCGGACAACUCAUCACCACCGAGACCAUGGAACCUUUACUCCAGAAAUCAGCCAAGCCGUACGUAGUCUACGUCUCGUCGGAGCAGGGCUCCAUCUCCGAGAGACUAAACCCCGAGUACAAGUACCGCGAGAUACGCGGGGACCAUUACCGCAUGAGCAAGGCCGCGUUGAACAUGCUGUCUGCCUGCCACCGCUACAACUAUGCCGACUGGGGCUGCAGAGUUCUUGCAUUUAAUCCGGGGUGGUGCGUGUCGAACCUUACGGGUGAAAAGGGCCGUGAGAUGCGAAUCAAGCUGGGUGCCAGGGAUCCGAAAGAUCCUGCGAUCGCCCUUGUCGACGUUGUUUUCGGUAAGAGAGACGCCGACAUUGAGAAGAAUGGGUUGGUGGAUCUUGAUGGUGGCGUGAGGCCCUGGUAGAGAGCUUGCGUCGCGGCUGAUAUGAGAAUAUGUUGUAUGUACAAGUAGUUUCAGAACAAUCUCCAAAAGAACGUAUUUCCAGAUGAAUUAUUUUGCUUAGGAAGCGCAAUGUCUUACCAGGUUUCGACAAGAAACAAGGUGCUGCACGAGCUGCCAAUGAAACCCGACGAACGAUCUCUCCCUGCGCUACCAACGACGAUGAUUUUAACUCGUUAUGAUCUGGAAUUUAGAUAUUGUAUCUCUGCACGCUCUAGUAUCUGCACGCAGAGAACAGUCGUCUGGGGUCUUGGUAGAAUCUUGGGUCUGAUGAGCUGCCUAGCCAAAUACUAGCCAAAGAAACAACUCCUAUGUGAACAUGUAAGAACCCAUUGCUAGGCCUAAUCAGUCAAACCAUAGGUAUCAUUUCACAACCAAAGUGACGAAAAUCCAUGAGAAACAUCGCCCGCCUGUCUCGGAGUAAGUCGGGUAUCCCCACCACGCAGCUCCAUAGAUUGCGGAGACGACCAACACCACGACGGA